GCCGUGCGAGUCUACAUGACAAAGCCUCUCUACGCAUCGAACAGGUUCGCUCUGAAGAUCAAGGCUGGUAUGAAUGCAAAGUACUCAUGUUGGAUCAGCAGUAUGACACCUUCCAUAACGGCAGCUGGGUGCAUCUCACCGUCAACGCUCCUCCCACCUUCACAGAGACUCCCCCCCAAUACGUAGAGGCAAAGGAAGGGGGCAGCAUCACUCUAACCUGCAUGGCUUUUGGAAACCCUAAGCCGACCGUCACCUGGCUGAGAGAAGGAGAACUUUUGGGUGGUAGCAACAAAUACCGGGUUUCUGAUGGGAGUCUGACCGUUAUGUCCAUCAGUCGCGAUGACAGGGGUGCUUACACCUGCCGGGCCUAUAGCAUCCAGGGAGAGGCUGUGCACACGACCCGCUUGCUUGUCCAAGGACCCCCUUUUAUCGUUUCUCCCCCGGAGAACAUCACUGUUAACAUCUCCCAAGAUGCAAUGUUCACCUGCCAGGCGGAAGCAUAUCCAGGCAACCUGACCUACACUUGGCACUGGGAAGAAGACAAUGUGUACUUUAAGAAUGACCUAAAACUAAGAGUAAGGAUUCUGAUUGAUGGGACGCUGAUCAUCUUCCGAGUCAAACCGGAGGAUGCUGGCAAAUAUACCUGCAUUCCGAGCAACAGCCUUGGCCGAUCCCCUUCAGCCUCUGCCUAUCUGACUGUGCAAU